AGCAGUGACUCAUUACGGCAUGUUGGGUGUUGUUGGUUUCCUGACCUCUUGCUGUGGACUGAAGCAGGACGAUGAAGAAGGUGACUGGGUGAACAAAGUACAGAGCUCCUGAGCAGUCAUGAGUAUCAGACAUGUUACCCGCAGACCAUUUACCUGUGGACGAGAAGGAAGACCAGAGCAACCUGACUAAAGGUGGUGCGUCUUUAAAAUCACCGCAGGAAAUCCUUUCAGCAUGUGACACUGUUAGCAGAGGAAAUGCCACUGACCUCAUCAGCAUCCAGCCUCUGCCUGCCUCACAGGAGGCUGCAGGGCUGAGGAGCCCUCAGUGUGACCCCCAGAAGCCCACCUGCCCACGAUGUGGUCUCACAGUCCCAGAUCACAGACUUCCCCCGGGCUUAAGCGGACUGCAGGGCUCCAGCUCAUCAGUGCGCAGCAGCAGCAGGAGGGGGAACAGGAACAAUGUGGCUGGGUCUUGCCAACCUGCAACCACACCAAGUGACUCCUGUUUUCACCUGCUGCUGGCGUGCCUGUCCUGUCAGUGUUCCGUGCUGCUCCUGAGUCUGCUGGAGGCCUGCUCCUCCUGUCUCCACACCCUCUGCUCCUCCUGCUGCCACGCUUGCGCCCGCUGCUGUUCAGCCAUCCAGGAGGCGCCCGUGGAGGAGCUCAACUGCCACGCCCACUGCCACUCGGUCCUGUUCGAGUCCUGCUGUGAGCCGACCGAGUGUCUGGAGUUUUGCCUGGAGUGCUGCGAGAUCUGCCAUCGCAGCUAGGAGGCAGCUGGACUGCCAGGCCUGAGGACUUCAUUUUCAAGGAGCGUGAAGACCAGUGUGGGAUUUCUGAGUUCUACGCUGAUUUUGUUGACGUUGCUGUAACCCUCAAAGCUGUGAACAGCACAAGCUGCACAGUGUUUCUACUCGUUAUUUUUACAUUUGAUGCUAAAAACUGUUUUUCACUUAUAUCAACUCACAGGAUUAAGGGGAGAUGUGACUUUGAUGCUUCAAAUUCUUCUCCUGUGAGAGGAAUGUUCCUUAUGUGCCAGAUAAAGUGCUUAAGAAAUAGCUCAACAUUUAGGGAAUAGUCUUUUGAGACUCCAGAGAGUUGCAGUGUCUCUGCAUCUCUGCUUCACUGGUAGUGCCUUGAAGCUACAUUAGCCACUACCAGCAUAACAUCUGGAUCUAAGAUGAACUGUCUAUGGUUGUGGGUAAUGUAGGCGCUUUGUAGGUGUUUUAAUA